AAACUAUUGUCUUGUAUAUAUUGUACUGUUAUUGGGUUAAAAUAAAUCAAUGAGAAAGUUUCUUUCAGAGUCAUUGCUUUUCAACCCUUCAGUGGUAUCAGAGCCUUCAAACUCACAUGAGUUCUUUGUUCCCAUGGCCUCCAAUGAUGAAACCCCACAUUCUGCAGCCUCCAAACACUCCGCAGUGAUUGUCGUUGACUCCAACACCACCAAACAUCCCAUCUCAUUCAAUUCCUCUGCUUUCCUGGUCUGCAUCCCUCAGCACACACUACUGGACGUCAAUCAUGAUCUUCCCAGCAACAAUUCCAUGGGAAAGUUGGGUCCAGUUCACCAUCCAGGCCCAAUCAAUUUCGGCGUUGCAACCCAGGCCCACGAAAUCAAAGCAAGCCCACCGGCACCACUUGCCAGCUUUGCCCUCGUGUUGGGCACUUCGCCAAUAAUUGUCCCAAUUUUCGAGUUCAAGUUCUUGGUCCCAUGGCCAAUGUUGCUUCCUCCUCUGCUGGCCUCAUUGACAACUGCCUCUUGGAUUCGGAUGCCAACAAUCAUGUCACGCUCAUGUCUCUUUGUAGGAUAUUCCCUAGAAAACCUCAGCUACAAAUGUCUUGAUUUACGCAUUGGCUUAAGCGGGCUAAGGAUGGCAAUAUGGAGUGCUAUAAAGCACGCCUUGUUGCCAAAGGCUUUCAUUAGCGACCAGCCACCCGAAAGAAAAAAAAAAAAGGAAACCCAGCCAUGCCUUGAGGAAACCGGUAGAGAGCUUAAUUUUUCCCUUCUUUUCUUGUCCAAGAACCUGAUUUGGAACCCAGAAAUCUCCCCCUUGCAGGAAGCUUCCGGAUCUGCUCUGCUUUUCCCUCUGCUGUCCGUCGGCUUCAGCUUGUGGGUGCGAAAUUCUGGGCCUUUUGGAUUUCCCGUGAGCCGUGAGCUUUCUUCUUCCAUGCCACCGGCCUUCCGCCAAUCUGCAGCUCCGGUUUUAGCUGGAGAAUUAUGGUUCCUGAUCGUUCUGUCAGUUUAGCAUUGAGAUCGAGUCUUCAGUUUUAUGCGAGUGAGCAUGCCUACUUGAAAUUUAAUUGAUUGUCCUAAUAAUUUGAAAGUGAUUGGUGAAUUAUGAUUUUUCUGUUAACUUCUGCCUGUUUUAUCUCCGAUGUGGUCAUGUUAUUUCUGUAAUCCUGCUAGUGGGGGUUAAACGCUAGCACAUGUCGACAUGUAUUUCUAU